AUGCCAGUGAUCGAUGUAUCUGUUUCGUUGUCCAACGUCUUUAAUCCGAGACUUCCGUCAUGCAUCGCCAAGCUCGGUAAUGACGAACUCAUUCUCAUAGAAUUACAAGGCACGCUCGACAUCGAGUGCAACGAAGACACCACUAGAGACGGGCAGUUUAUUGGCAAAUUAAACCUCAACGACGCCAACAAACCCACGUUGGUCAUCGGGCACCAUCUACUUGAGGGCAAGGUCGUAACCUUGCCUAAGCCAUUAGGCGUGAUGCAUCGCAAGGAAGGCUCCAAGAGACAUGGCUAUCCUGGCGACGGAGAUAGCUCUAGAUCGGUGGAAGAUGCUCGGAACCCCGUCGUUAGCUGGGGCAUCGUCGCCGUUGUGAAAAAAAAGAUUGUAUUCUCCAAACGACCCAUGCCAAUUUUGAACAAAGUUUGA